AUGCAGCAGCUGAUGAAGGAGCAGUCGGAGUACUUUGAGCGGCAGGGAGAGUCGGGCGUGGCUGUGCUGGCGACAACGACGACGGCGGCAGCCGAGGCAACCUUGGAAGCACCUGCCGCGAUGCUGCGGAAGCUGGUGACGGCGGAGCAGCGGCAUCGUAGGCGCCUCGUCUCAGAGUACACGAGCGGCAUGCGCCGUGUAGCACUACGGGAAAAGAUGUUUUUUUACCGCCUUGUAAAACAGGAGGCGAUACGGAAUGAGAGGCUGCAUGAGGAAUUGCUGCUACAGUCGCAAUACAUUCAAAGCCUCCAUGCAAGCAUCGAGCAGACAAGACGCAGAAUUGACGAGUCAUCGCGGCGCGGGAUGGAUCAGUUAGUGCUGAAGCGCGCGGAGUUGGAGUCGCUACAAGCAAAGCUUGACAUGCUGUUAAGUAGUCUGCAAUGA